UCAGGAGGUAACAGCACGGGACGAGGCAGCGCGCGAUCAGUCUGAUUCGAAACGGCAGUGAACGCGCGCGUGUUACAUCACUAAAGGACGCACACUCGGAUACAAUGUCGACAAAAGACGCAGGACCAGCUAUUUGCAACAGCUGCAACGCAGUGAUCCAAGGCAGAAUCGUGACUGCACUAAACAAGAAAUGGCAUCCGGAGCAUUUUGCGUGCAACACAUGCCGUAAACCGAUCGACGGCUCCAAAUUCCACCAGCACGACGGCGGCGUUGUAUGCGUGCCAUGCUACGCCCAGCACUACAGCCCGAGGUGCCACGGCUGCGGGGAGCCUAUCACAGAUCGUGUUAUUCAAGCUUUGGGAGUGUCAUGGCAUGCAAAUCACUUUGUAUGUGGCGGCUGCAGGAAGGAACUUGGCGGUGGUGGCUUCAUGGAACAGGCUGGCAGGCCUUACUGCUCGGCAUGCUAUGCUGAGAAAUUCGCAGCCCGUUGUGCUAGUUGCAGCAAACCUAUCGUGGACAAGGCCAUUAUUGCCCUGAACGCCAAGUGGCAUGGUGCAUGCUUCACUUGCAAGAAAUGCAGGAAUCCAGUGACGGACUCCACCUUCUCUGUACUGGACAAUAUGCCGCUGUGCGGAAAAUGCGCCUAGACGAACACACAAACAUUCACACCCAUCGAUGUACGAUGUUAUAUACAUUAAGUGCACAUACUAAGCGCGGCACUCUGUAUUGCCUUAAAUUAUAUGAAGCUUAAUUUUUAAAACUAUUUAUUUUAUAAUAUUUUUGAUAUAAAAACACCUUAUUUAUAUCCAUAAAAAUAUGAUCACAUUAUAUUUUGUCACAAAAUUCAAGAGGAUUUUUGUGCUUAAGUACUAAGCAAGUUUUCUAAACCAUCACAUUAGAAUUACGACUCUAUGUUAUAAGAAAUACAGUAUAUUUUUGUAUACAUUCGGUCGCUUUACAAAGACAUUUUGUUAAGUUGAUUAUAUAAUAUUUGUAUCGGCGAUCUAUUUAUCUAUUUAGAAUUGUUAUUGUGACAAAAUAUUUUUACGCUUCUCGAAGACAUGAGUUUUCAAUAAAGCACUUUGGUUU